AUGGAAAGCGGACGCGGCGUCUCUGCGACGAAUCUGCACGUGCUGGACCGGCCACUGAGCCGCGGGAAGAGCGAAGUCAGUCUCAGCGUCUUUUCCUUCCUCUUCUCCGAGAUGGUCCAGUACUUCCAGGGCCGCGUGCAGAACAUCUCGGACCUCGAGAACCGUCUUGAUGUUGCCGGAUUCGGCGUCGGGGUGCGCGUUCUCGAGAUCUUGAGUCACCGCGAAAAGCCCGGACGGCGGGAAGUCCGGUUACUGGCCAUGCUGCAGUUCAUCGUGUCGAGCUGCUGGAAAGCGCUGUUUGGCAAAGCUGCGGACGCACUGGAGCGCAGUACGGAGAACGAAAACGAGUACAUGAUCCACGAGCUCGAGCCGCUCACGAACAAGUUCGUGUCGGUGCCGCCUGACCUCGGGCAGCUCGACUGUGCUGCGUACAUCGCGGGCAUCGUGCGUGGUAUUCUGUGCAGCAGUGGCUUUUUGGCAGACGUGACGGCGCACACGGUCGAAGUUCCUGGUGGUCAGCGGAACAAAACAGUGUUUCUGGUCAAGUUCGAUGAAAGCGUAAUCCAGCGCGAGCGCGCAUUGACGUAG